UUGUUUAGAACAGUAAACAUGUAGACAUACAUGAGGCAGCAUAACAUUGCUACACUUUUUUGCUUGUGUUUGCUGGUUAAGUUGUUAGAAUAUGAACUGACUGAACACAUUCAAGCAAUUGUCGAUUAGUGUCUUAAGCUAAAGCUCAUUUUUGUACUUCUCUGUGGUUGCUGGGUGGUGUGAGAAAUGCUUCCUGUUUGUGUGACAGGAAGAACUGUUAGAAAGACGUGCAGAAGAUUUUACUUUUUGGGUGCUGUAGCGUGCCGAACAACAAUCAACACACAGGUCACAGAAAGCAGAUCUUUGGAGGCAGGCUCACUCUGUUCAACAUAUUCAAGAUCUCCUGAAGACCUACCUGAAAAAAAAAACCUAAAAUAGCAGCACAUCGCAGAAAAUACAUAGGCUGUUAAAAUCCACAGCAUCCUUGCAACCAUGAAUGAAGAGGAGAGCAUCCAUGAGCACAGCGACAUGAGCCCUGAUCCACCAUCCAUGGUGACUUCUGAAAGCACCUCUCAAAAAGCUUCAGAUUCAAAAAUAGCCCCCCCAGUUGCACCCAAACCUACUUGGUUUAAGCAGAGUCUGAGGAAACUACAAGAUAACCAGGAUCAGAGGAAGCAAGCUAAUUAUUCAGAGGAGAAAACCACAGCAGGUGUUACCAGAAGCUUUGGAGGCAGGUCUACCUCAGGUGGUGUUAACAUGUCACUCAGACAAAAGAUUUGCUCUUUUGAGACGUUUUCUAGUCCAGAAGCUCAGGAAAAAAGAACCAGUAGGAGAUCCACUCCCUUUUCCAACUCACCUGCUUUGAUGGAAAGGGAGUCUGCAAGCCCCUGUCAUUCUUAUCCUGCCUCACAUGCAGAUGAUGGCGAGAGCAAACAGGACUUCCUCGAAGAAAUUAAGUCAGACCAGUCAACAUCUGUUGUGAUUGAGAACAUCUCUGUUUCACCCAUUGGCAUUACAUCAGCGACUUACGAAAAUUGUUGUCAGAUUAAAGGCACAUGCUCUGAAGAUCAGCUUUCUUGUGAUGAGAUCCCCAUUAAUAUCCCACUUUCUGACCCCAUCUGCUCUGAAAUCACCUCAGUGGUAGAUGAUGUCAAUUUGGCCUCUGUCCAUACAGACAGUAAAUUCCCACCAUCCCAACAGAAAUCUGAGCUGGAGAAAGCAGAUAACAGCAGCUCCAUAGAGAUCAGUGCCCCACCUUCUGCUUCAUCAGAAAGAAUGAACCAAAAGGAAGUAGUGAACAAUUCAGAUGAGAACUCUGGAAUUAACUCUGAGCUCCUCACAACUGCUCAGAGUGCUUCUCCCACCACAGAGUGUCAGCCCCAGAAGAACCAGGAGGGAAAACAUUUUGAAAAGAUCCUUGCCUUCAGUAACCAGUUUUCACAAGCAAUAAUGCGCUCCCUUCCCACUUCAAACCAUGGCAACCCUCAAUCCCAAGAAUUUAUGGACGCUCCACAUAAGAAUCUUGAUCCCCAAGAGUCAGAGCUGGGUACAAUCUGUACAAAUAAAGGAUUCUCCAUCAGCUUAGCCACUCUGAGUGAAUGCACCAUUGAGGAAGGGGGGCAGAGCUAUGACCGAGCCACCUCCGCUCACUCUGUCAUCUCAGUUUUACCUUCUCAGGAGAUAAAGAAGAUGAUCGAGGAGGUUAGAACUUUGGAUGAUGAGUCCUUUAAGCGACUAGUGGACAUCCAUGUUGUGAUUCUACAUAAAGAGGAAGGGACGGGGUUGGGCUUCAGCAUCGCUGGAGGAUGUGACCUGGAGAACAAAGCUCCAACAGUGCACAAAGUAUUUAUAUCUGGACU